ACAACACGAAAGCAUAAUUUUUGUCUGUGCAUUUGUCCGUGCACAAAGCAUUUCGUUUGUAAUUAAGCGAUUGCUGUAAUAGAUCUUCAAAUGGCAGAAGCGACAGGAAAAUUGGAAGAGGAAGCUCUCAAGCGUAAAAAUCGUUUGCGAGAACUACGAGGAAAGCGAACACAUGAGGAAUAUUACAACAGCAUCAACGAAGAAGGUACAACCGUACCUAAACCUGUGUUUCGAAAUUACAAGCCAGAAACUGAAGAACUUCAAGAACUGAUGCCAAUGGACGAUCACGCCGGGGUUGUCGAAAAGGAGGUUGGUACACAUCUUGAAAUGAUGAAAACUCCGAUCGUUAUUGAAGAGAUCGAUAUUGUUAAUCUUGCCCCUCGGAAACCUGACUGGGAUCUCAAAAGAGAUGUUUCUAAAAAGUUGGAAAAAUUAGAACGUAGAACGCAAAAAGCUAUCGCGGAACUGAUACGUGAGCGGCUAAAGGCCGGUCAAGAGCAGGACAUACUUCAAGCAGUAAAUAUUGCAGCGUCUGCUGCAUCUGUAACACAAGCAACGUAUAAUCCAAAUGAUUAAUAAAAAAAAUCAGCUUUUCCAUAAUUCAGUCAUCAUCAUUGUAUAUUAGGUAAUUCCUCAUCAGAAUUCGAUAUUGAGAUUUUUUUCAACGAACAAUUGGUAAGCAUUCAGUACGAAGAAUGAUAGUUUAUUCUAUUCUAUUGUGAGGUCGUAAGUUUCUUCCAUGACAACUUAAUACGGAUGUUGCUUCAACAGGCUGACUGUUUGUGAUUCGCAGUAUCAAAUCGUUAA